AUGAUACUUCUUCACGACCUUGUCCUUGGGUGCUUUAAACUUAGCUUAAUAUUAGUUUGCUGCAUGGCCUGUCUACCCUGCUUUAUUAUAGUAUUUGCCAGAAAUUAAGAACUAGAAUCUUAACAACAAAGAGAAAGUGUAGGUGGUACAACAUCUCAAUUAGUGAAUAGAAAACUCAAUAAAAACUUAAGUGAAUAAUAACUAAAACAGUUGUUAAGAUCUAUUUUCUUCAAGAAAAAAACAACAUUCUUAGAAUCGUAGGCAAAAGUAGACACUUGCUCAAUUUGUUUAGAAUAAUUUCAAGAUAUAGAUGAUAUUAUAAGGCUUAAUUGUGAUGAAGGGCAUAUUUUUCAUUUCGCAUGCCUUGAAGGAUGGGCCAUGACAAACAAUAGUUGUCCUCUAUGUAGGAAAAAUCUUAUUGAUGAAAAAGAUUUAGACAUAUAAUAGAACUUUGAUGAGUUAUCUCAAAGUAGAGCUAACCUUUUGUUUAGAAGCAACUCUAAUUUCAUAAGUAUUCAAUAAGCAAUAGUUUAAAGCUCAGAAAUAAGAGAAUAAGUAGGGAAUAAUAAUAUUAAUGAACGAUAUAAUCAUGAGAGAGAUAAUCGAGCAACCCCAUUAGAAUUGGAAUCAUUAAGGUCAUUUGAAAACGGGAGUUAAACCAGACUCUUUGACAAUAAUGUCUAACAAAUUCAAAGAAAGAAGAAAAAAGAUGACGUUGAUACUAUUCAAGAGUAGUAUGAUGAGUAAAAUGACACCUAAUUGAUCAAUUCAAUUAUUCAAAAGUCUUAAAGGUCUACAAAAUCUAGAAUGAAAAAAGACUCAAGGCUUAAGAUGCUAAAUACAGCUUUCGAAGAGGAAAAGCAAGACAAAGACUCUUAAUAUAAGAAGAGAAAAACUAGAAAAAUAAGUGAAGUAAGUAAAAAUUUUAAGAAUAAAAGUUCAAUAAUUGUCUCAAGAAAUGUUGAUUCCCCAUAACUAAGAAUAAUAGAGAAAUCCACUUAAGAUCAUGGACAAAUGAAAAAAGGAAUAAAACCGCAAAAUAAAGAAUAUGAUGAUUCUUAAAGAUUAAAUGAUAAUACCAUAAAAACUAAGAGGCCGAAGAGAAAUAACUAUAGUGCUAUUACAAUGGUCUAAAAUAUCAACUUUAAAGAUAGCAUUUAAGAUUCAAAGGUGAAAAGAAUUUCACAAGCAAAUGAUAAAUUAAGAAUCGAAGGCCCGAAGAUAAUUGAACAAAAUGAUCACUAAUCAACAAUAUUGGAGUCAUUAUGA